CAUUCACUCACCUGAGCUGAUUUGGAGGGAAAAUAAAUAAAUAAAUAAAUAAAUAAAAUUCAGUUCAAGGUUUUGAAUGAAAAGUUUAUGUAUUCUAAAAGAAGAAGAAAAGGAGGGUAACAAUGGCAGGGUUUGGGAAGGGAUCAAGCCCAAAAACUGAAGUGAAGUUGCCCAACCCUUUUGCUUUCCUUCGCCAAUAUUCUGCUCCCCCCUCCACUGCUAUUCGACCCACCAGGGCUUUCAGGAAUGGGGUGGUUUGGUGGGGUGAGGUUACUGUUAAGGAACAUGUAGCUCCAUACGGAGUUAGAUUGCCAUCAGUCAGUUUUGAAAGAAAUCAUCCCACAUCAAGUAGUUGCACUGAGUCUCUACUUGGAUGGAGUGAUGGGCAAAGAUCUCCCAUAAAAGAGUAUGAUGCCCAAACUAAUCCUAGGCCAACCACUGCUAUGUCCUUAAUUGCUAGACGUGGUUCUGAAAUAAGUGUUUCAGCUAAGAUUUCCCAAUUCCCAGAGCUGAAGAGAACUAGAUCCCCCACAACCUUCUCCAGCAAUGAGGAUGUAUCAAGGUACUCUAGUCAAGCUUCCCUUCACAGCUAUUCAGAUCUGAUUGUGAAUGGCCAUGAUGACUCAUUUCUGCAAACAACACAUCCACCUUCUGCUUUUGAAAGCAAAUUUCAUCCCACAUUUGGUUAUGCUCAAAGGCCUGCUCUACCAUCCUCUUUGCAGCAGGAUAAUCAUGCAAAGUUGCCUGCCAAUCUUCCAAACCUGUUGGCUUGUCAAAACCAGUCAUUACUCUCAUCUCAUGAUCUACCAAUAAAAUUUCUGAGGAGUAUCCUCAGUUUGUUCAAAAUGACUCUAGAAGGCAAUGAGCCUAUUGUUGAUCUUCCUUGCAGGCCUUCAGCAUCUUCUCCUAGGUUGGAUGCUAGGUCAAAUGUUCUUUUAAACACACAUGAUUCUCAAAUUUCUCAGAGUUCUCAGGGGUCCUUGCCUGUGCAGAACAAUAAAGUUUCUAACAUGGACAAAAUCACCUGCUUCCCGGUUUCUAAAAGAACAAGGUCUCCUCCUCUAACAUUGCAAGACAAAGUGUUGCAGGCAAACCCUAGUAACAAGCGAUAUGACAAUGAACGAGGAAUGCAAGCCAAAGCAAAGUGGUUGGCCUGCUUCAAACCUGAACUGAGUGAAGCUCUGGAAAUGAGACAAACUAAUACAUCAAAUCAAAAGAUUUCUGCAAAUAGACACCAGCAAUCUAUGGAAGAGAGGAGAAAAAUUGUUGGGGAUUGUUCUAUAGAAUCAGUUGGGGAUUUCAUUGAAGGCAAUGCAUCAACUGACUUUGAAGGCAGCUUGGAAACUUCCAGUGUUAUUGUUGGGUUAUGUCCAGAUAUGUGCCCAGAGGCAGAAAGAGCAGAAAGGGAAAGAAAAGGGGAUCUUGACCAAUAUGAACCCUUGGAUGGAGAUAGAAAUCAAACUAGCAAAUUGCUUGCUGUUAAGAAGUAUAAUAGGACAGCAGAGAGAGAAGUGGGUUUGAUACGGCCCAUGCCAGUCCUGCAGAAGACAAUUGAUUAUCUGCUCGAUUUACUUGAUCAGCCUUAUGAUGACAGGUUCCUUGGAAUGUAUAACUUUUUGUGGGAUAGGAUGAGAGCUAUUCGAAUGGAUCUGACGAUGCAGCACAUUUUUGACCAGGGGGCUAUUACAAUGCUGGAGCAAAUGAUAAGGCUUCACAUAGUCGCCAUGCAUGAUAUUGAGCAGAUGAACAAAACAUCGGUUGAAUUAUUCCAAAUGUAUGAUGAUCACAGGAAGAAAGGAAUAAACAUGCCAACUGAAAAGGAGUUUAGAGGUUAUUAUGCACUUCUCAAACUUGACAAACAUCCUGGGUAUAAAGUUGAACCUGCUGAGCUCUCAUUGGAUCUUGCAAAGAUGACAACAGAAUUAAGACAAACACCAGAAGUUCUGUUUGCUCGUGAUGUAGCCAGGGCUUGCAGGACAGGUAACUUUGUUGCAUUCUUUAGGCUGGCAAGGAAGGCAAGUUACCUUCAAGCAUGUCUGAUGCAUGCUCACUUUGCAAAGUUAAGAACCCAGGCUCUUGCUUCUCUACACUCUAGUCUCCAGAGCAACUGAGGUCUUCCUGUCACCCUUGUUGCUAGGUGGCUUGGCAUGGAGGUACUUGGCAUAAAUAGCCUUUAUCCAU